AUGGUCCUUCAGAAGCCCAGUGGUACCCAUGUCCUGUGGGUGGCUCUUGUAGUGUGCUGUUUGUUGGAGAUGAGUUCUUGUCUGGAGUUUUCCGGAGCUGAGGGCCAGUGGGCCAGGUUCCCCGUGUGGAACGCCUGCUGUGAGAGUGAGAUGAGCUUCAACAUGAAAACCAAGAGCUCCCAGGGGCUCCUAGUGUACUUCGAUGACGAUGGAUUCUGUGACUUUUUAGAGCUGCUCAUAAUCAACGGUAAACUCAGCCUUCGCUUCUCCAUCUUCUGUGCUGAGCCCGCCUCCAUCCUGUCUGACAUCGCGAUCAACGACAGCCAGUGGCACAGCGUGACAAUACGGAGAAACUUUAAGAACACCACUCUGGUCGUGGACAGUGAGGUGAAGUGGGUGGAGGUGAGGUCCAAGAGGAGGGACAUGACCGUCUUCAGUCACCUGUUUGUUGGGGGGAUACCUCCGGAGUUACGCUCGGUUGCCCUGAGGCUCACGUCUGUGGUGGUGAAGGACCAGCCCCCGUUCACUGGGUGGAUAACCAACAUCACAGUGAACGGCACCGAGGCCGUGCUAGUCAACAGUGAAGGGGUCCUGCAGGAUGUGUGUGGUACUGCUAACAUGUGCUUAAAUGGAGGAGUGUGCAGCCUGAUCAACGAUGAACCCACCUGUGACUGCUCCCACACCGGCUACCAGGGCAAGGACUGCAGUGAAGAAGACGACCCAAAUGAAGGUCUGGCACACCUGAUGAUGGGCGACCAAGUUGGUUCAUUGCUUUUCUCAGAAGGAGGUCAGGGGAGAGAGGGAGAGCCAGGGGACUUACAUCCUACAACUGGUAAAGAAGAGUACGUCACCACCUUCAAAGGAUCCGAGUUCUUCUGCUACGACUUGUCCUUGAACCCCAUUCAAAGCAGCAGUGACGAAAUUACGCUGUCCUUCAAAACCCUGCAGAGGAACGGACUCAUGCUCCACACUGGCAAAUCGGCCGAUUACGUCAACCUGGCCCUGAAAAACGGAGCCGUGUCUCUCGUCAUUAAUUUGGGUUCUGGGGCCUUUGAAGCGCUGGUGGAGCCGGUCGCUGGGAAAUUUAAUGACAAUGAUUGGCAUGAUGUGAAAGUAACAAGGAAUCUCCGUCAGCACUCAGGCAUUGGACACGCUAUGGUAAACAAACUACAUUGUUCGGUAACGAUAUCCGUGGAUGGGAUUCUGACCACCACCGGAUACACUCAGGAAGACUACACCAUGUUAGGCUCCGAUGACUUCUUCUACGUUGGAGGCAGCCCAAGUACCGCUGACCUGCCUGGAUCUCCGGUCAGCAAUAACUUCAUGGGCUGCCUUAAGGAGGUUGUGUACAAAAACAACGACGUGAGGCUGGAGCUGUCCCGACUGGCCAAACAGGGUGAUCCUAAAAUGAAAAUCCAUGGCACUGUCGCUUUUAAAUGUGAGAACGUGGCCACCCUGGACCCCAUCACCUUUGAGACCCCCGAGUCUUACGUCAUCCUCAACAAGUGGAACGCCAAGAAGACCGGCUCCAUCUCCUUUGACUUCAGGACCACCGAGCCCAACGGACUGCUCCUCUUCAGCCAUGGAAAACCCAAACAGCCCCCAAAGGACUCCACACCAGUCAACCCCCAGUCUCUCAAAGUGGACUUCUUUGCCAUUGAGAUGUUGGAUGGACACUUGUAUCUUUUGCUGGACAUGGGCUCAGGAACUACCAAGACUAGAGCGGUCAACAAGAAGGUCAACGACGGAGAGUGGUACCAUGUGGACUUCCAGCGAGACGGCAGAUCAGGUACGAUCUCCAUCAACACACUGCGGACAGCCUACACUGCCCCUGGGGAGAGUGAGAUUCUGGACUUGGAUGAUAACCUGUACUUGGGCGGGCUGCCUGAGAACAAAAUGGGCCUGGUGUUUCCUACAGAGGUGUGGACUGCUUUGCUAAACUACGGCUACGUGGGCUGUAUAAGGGACCUGUUCAUCGACGGACAGAGUAAGGACAUCCGCCGCCUGGCCGAGGUACAGAAGGCCGCAGGGGUCAAACCAUCUUGCUCCAAAGAGCCCAUGAAACAGUGUCUGAGUAACCCCUGUCAGAACAACGGCAUCUGCAGAGAGGGCUGGAACCGCUACGUGUGCGACUGCUCUGGGACGGGCUACCUAGGCCGCUCCUGUGAGAGAGAGGCAACCAUCUUGAGCUACGAUGGCAGUAAGUUCAUGAAGGUGCAGCUGCCCGUGGUCAUGCACACGGAGGCAGAAGACGUCUCCCUGCGUUUCCGAUCACAGAGGGCGUACGGCAUCCUCAUCGCCACCACGUCCAGGGACUCUGCCGACACCCUGCGCCUGGAGCUGGAGAGCGGACGAGUGCGACUGACCGUUAACUUAGAUUGUAUCAGGAUUAACUGUACCUCCAGCAAAGGUCCAGAGACUAUAUUUGCGGGUCAGAAUUUGAACGAUAAUGAGUGGCACACGGUGAGAGUGUUCAGGAGGGGCAAGAGUCUCAAACUGACCGUGGACGACCUGCCGCCUGUGGAAGGUCAGAUGGCGGGUGACCACACUCAGCUGGAGUUCCACAACAUAGAGACGGGCAUAGUCACAGAGAAGCGCUUUAUGUCCAUGAAUGUUCCCUCCAACUACAUUGGCCACAUCCAGAGCCUCUCCUUCAAUGGCAUGGCCUACAUCGACCUGUGCAAAAAUGGUGAUAUAGAUUACUGUGAGCUCAACGCCAUGAUCGGCUACAAGAACAUCAUCGCAGACCCCAUCACCUUCAAGUCCCGCUCCAGUUAUGUGACGCUGUCCACACUGCAGGCCUACUACUCCAUGCACCUGUUCUUCCAGUUCAAAACCACCUCAUCUGACGGGCUCAUCCUGUACAACAGUGGGGACGGCAAUGACUUCAUAGUGGUGGAGCUUGUCAAAGGGUACCUCCACUAUGUAUCUGACCUGGGGAAUGGAGCUCACCUCAUCAAAGGCAACUCCAACAAACCUCUGAAUGAUAAUCACUGGCACAACGUGAUCAUCUCCAGAGACACCAACAAUCUGCACAUGGUCAAGAUCGACACCAAGAUCACCACUCAGACCACCACAGGGGCCAAAAACCUCGAUCUGAAAGGAAACCUUUACAUUGGCGGCGUGUCCAAAGAGAUGUACAAAGAGCUGCCCAAACUGGUGCACGCGAAGGAGGGCUUCCAGGGCUGCCUGGCCUCAGUGGACCUGAACGGACGCCUCCCAGACCUCAUGUCCGACGCACUGGACUGUGUGGGCCAGAUAGAGAGGGGCUGUGAAGGUCCGAGCACCACGUGUCAGGAGGACUCUUGUGCUAACCAGGGCGUGUGUCUGCAGCAGUGGGAGGGCUUCAGCUGUGACUGCAGCAUGACCACCUUCGGAGGGCCCCUCUGCAACGACGCGGGAACCACAUACAUAUUUGGGCGCGAUGGAGGACUCAUCACAUACACCUGGCCUCCGAAUGACCGCCCCAGCACCCGGGCCGACCGCCUCGCCAUCGGCUUCAGCACCCACCUCAAAGACGCCGUCCUGGUGCGAGUGGACAGCUCCUCUGGUCUCGGAGACUUCCUCAAGCUUCACAUUGAAAGGGGGAACAUCGCCGUUGUAUUUAACGUGGGCACAGACGACAUAAACAUAGAGGAGACGUCUAAGUUUGUAAAUGAUGGAAAGUACCAUAUAGUGAAGUUUACCAGGAGUGGUGGUAAUGCCACUCUGCAGGUGGAUGACCUGCCAGUCAUAGAGCGCUACCCCACAGGCAACAAUGAUAACGAACGCCUGGCGAUUGCUAGACAGCGAAUCCCAUAUCGACUUGGUCGAGUAGUUGACGAAUGGCUACUCGACAAAGGGCGCCAACUUACCAUCUUCAACAGUCAGACCACUAUUCAGAUCGGAGGCUGGGAGCGUGACCGCAGCAGAUCCUUCCAGGGCCAGCUCUCAGGUCUCUACUACAACGGUCUGAAGGUCUUCAACAUGGCCGCCGAAGGAGACCCCAACAUUAAGAUCCAGGGCAGUGUGCGGCUAGUGGGAGAGUCUCCCUCCUCCAUCACUCCUCAGUCCAGCACCACGGCCAACCGCUCCGAGACCUCCACAUCCAUCAUGGAGAUCACCACAACGACUGCAUCUAGCCGUAGAGUCAAGCAGACCACGCCCCGGGACAGCACUUGCAAAACAACAGAUGACCUGUUGGUGGCAUCCGCAGAGUGUCCCAGUGACGAUGAGGACAUAGAUCCGUGUGAGCCGAGCUCAGCCAAUCCCACUGGUGGCAGUCCUAAAGGUUUCCCCGGGUCGGCGGAGGUCUUCAGGGAGUCGAGCAGCACGACAGGGAUGGUGGUGGGCAUCGUAGCAGCUGCCGCCCUCUGCAUCCUCAUCCUUUUAUACGCCAUGUACAAAUACCGCAACAGGGACGAAGGCUCUUACCACGUGGACGAGAGCCGAAACUACAUCAGCAACUCGGCGCAGUCCAACGGCACUGUCGUCAAGGAAAAACCUGUCAACACCGCAAAAACGUCGGGCAAGAACAAGAAAAAUAAAGAUAAGGAGUACUAUGUGUGA